CGAGAGACAUCACAGCCUGCUGCUGCCGCCGCCGCACACACCUACUGUUCCUCCAUUCCACACAACGUUACUGCGACACUACCUCUAAAAGACGAGCUGAAGCAAAACCCGGCUUUUCCUCCUGCCCUCACCCCAUCUCGGGGAGACAAGACAACGUCGACUUUAUAUAAGGCACGGCUGUGAGCACCAAGGUCCCCUACGAGACUCUGAACAAGCGAUUCAGAGCAGCUCAAAAGAACAUCGACCGGGAGACGAGUCACGUGACAAUGGUGGUCGCGGAGCUGGAGAAGACCCUGAGCAACUUCCCGGUGGUCGACUCUGUCGUGUCACUGCUGGAUGGAGUGGUGGAGAAACUCAGUGCCCUGAAGAGGAAGGCUGCAGAGUCCAUCCAAGCCGAGGACGAGAGUGCCAAGCUGUGUAAACGUCGCAUCGAGCACUUGAAGGAGCACAGCAGCGACCAGCCGGCCUCGGUCAAUCUGUGGAAGAAGAAGCGCAUGGACCGCAUGAUGGUGGAGCAUCUGCUGCGUUGCGGCUACUACAACACAGCUGUUAAACUGGCCAGACAGAGUGGUAUAGAGGAUCUGGUGAACAUAGAGAUGUUCCUCACAGCCAAGGAGGUGGAGGAGUCUCUGGAGAGGCAGGAGACAGCCACCUGCUUAGCCUGGUGCCAUGACAACAAGUCUCGCCUCCGCAAGAUGAAGAGUUGUCUUGAGUUCAGUCUAAGAAUCCAGGAGUUCAUCGAGCUCAUCAGGCAAAACAAACGCAUGGAUGCAGUCAGACAUGCAAGGAAACAUUUCAGCCAAGCAGAAGGCGGACAGUUGGAUGAGGUUCGGCAGGUGAUGGGGAUGCUGGCCUUCCCAUCAGAUACACACAUCUCUCCUUACAAGGAUCUUUUGGACCCAGCCCGUUGGAAGAUGCUAAUCCAGCAGUUCCGGUAUGACAACUACAGACUGCAUCAGCUUGGAAACAACUCUGUCUUCACUAUAACCCUACAGGCCGGUCUGUCCGCCAUCAAGACACCUCAGUGCUACAAGGAGGACGGUACCUCUAAGAACCCCGACUGCCCGGUGUGCAGUAAAUCUCUAAACAAGUUGGCACAGCCCCUACCCAUGGCCCACUGUGCCAACUCCAGACUAGUGUGUAAGAUCUCUGGGGAGGUCAUGAAUGAAAACAACCCUCCAAUGAUGCUUCCUAAUGGAUAUGUCUACGGCUACAACUCCCUUCUGUCCAUCCGCCAAGACGACAAAGUUAUCUGUCCCAGAACCAAAGAGGUCUUCAACUUCUCUCAGGCUGAGAAGGUCUACAUCAUGUGAUCACCCGGAUAAACCCCCGUCUGAGUGUCGACAUGAUUGAUUAUGGUCAUCCCAUCACCUGGCCUUUUCAGAGAGGCACUCGUGGACCCCCCCCCCCCACACACACACACACACUCAGUCAUACCCAGACACACCCAAAGUACUCCACCGUCUCCCAAAUCAACGAUCAACUCCUUCGCACCCUCUCCUUUCAAUUGUAUCACACAGAAACUGGGCUCUACUCCAUUCUGACUUCUUUCACUGUGGCUAGGAGUUGUUUGAUCCGAUUCAUUCAAGCACAUAAACUACCAAUACUGUCAUUACCUUUUUCAAGCCUUCACUCUGAAGAUUAGAGACUAGAGAAAAGGACCGAGGGGCUGAAAAAGGGCUAGGUAGUUGUUGGAUUUUACUACAGCAAAUAAAAUCUUGUUGAGGUUACUUUGCCUUUUUUUUUCUCCCCUUUGUUAAAUAAUGUGGCAGGACUGUGUUAACUCAUUACAUUUAGCAGAUUAACACUUUAGAUUUGGGCCUUUUUGGACAGACGUGGCUGCCUGGUCUCAUAGUACCAUCUUAUUAUGUGAUGCAUGCCGUUUGUCUUCUAGCCAUGUGUGUGUCGGUGGAUUGUCGAGGCCAUAAAUGUGUCCCUUAAACUGCCUAAUGACAUUCUUGUAUUUCACCCCCACCUUGGCUGUGAAACCAGAGCCUGAUUGAGUUGCGGGAGGCUCUUUUUCAAAUGUAAAUAUUAGAUAGGAUUUGGUCAUUCUCAUGUGUAAAUGUGGGGUUUUUUGGGGGAGGGGGACAAGUAACGACAACACAAUUCAACCGUUUACAAUGAUUGCUUUGUGAACUGAACACAUGUUUUUUAGGCUGUUAAACCUCACAUAGCCUUCAGUAUCCUCACGUUAACCGGUAGUUGUGUGUAACUUAUGAUUCCCGGGGAAAGCUGUUAGUUUUACAAAUUUGAUAAUGUUAAUUAUGGUGCAUUUAUUACCGUAGUGACAUUUCUCAACAUUCAGUCUCUGCAACCAUCUCUUGCUUGUUUUUAAUGAACAAAUUGUCUUCCGUUUUGUGUGUUUUGCCAUGUUCACUUCUACUCGAAUCAGUUUUAUGAGUUCAUUUUUUAGUGAAUAGAAAAUAUGGACUGUCUUUCAAGACGCGUUACGCAGAUAAUUCAACAUUACUAGUCAACCCAUUUUUUAUUAAUUCCACAAUUCUUUUUCUGUGACUGUGGUGAGAUUUCCUCCCUUUCUGCAUAUGUUUGAGUUACUUGUGGCACCAAUACGCUACAACGUUUGCUCCUCAGAAACGUACUGUAGUUUCCUGCACAACAUUUUCUUUAUUUGUGAAAUUUACCAGAGAUUUCCAGAGAGAUGGAAACCUGUGCAAAAAGAGCGGGACUGUUUCAUCAACGGCAUGACAAAGAAGGAAGAAAUUACACUUCCAGUUUUUCUUGUCUGUAUUAGAUGGACGGACUUGGGACAGCACACGAUAAAAUGAAAAUCUUGAAUGUGGACAUGAAAAUUUACUUAAUUGUCAACUCAAAAAUUGUUGGGGAAAAAAGUCUAUGAAAAACAAGACACAAAAUUAUCUAAAACUGUAGUUUAAUGCUUCACACGAACAAGGUCAGUAUUUUAUUUGAAUUUUUUUUCAUUUUGUCAUUUAUUAAAAAGUGAAAAUAUUUUUAAUUUGUGUCCAUAAAUGAUUUGAAAGUGUAUCUGUAAAGACACAAAGUGUUGUGUUUUGUGUUGCUAGAAUAGAUGAGGGAUUGUCUCAUGAGCAAUAUGCCUCAUAAAGAUUUCAGUGAACUUUGA